AUGAAUGAAACCGGCAUCGAUGCACUGGUGGAACUCGGGGUUCCGUUGGCUCUCCGGACAGGAUUGCAAGGAAUUGAUGACAUUUUGCAGAAUGACUUACAAUUUGGUGAAAUGUCGGAGGUGAUAGGAGAAUCGGGUGCGGGAAAAACUCAGUUGUGCUACGCUGUUGUUGCAAAUACGCUCAUCCAAACUAAGUUCAAUGUGAUCUGGUUAGAUUCGAAUGGUUCCUUUCGUCCGAGUCGAUUAGUAGAAUUCAUGAACGGAAGAGGAAUAAAUGACACGGAUGAUAUAGUAAGUGCCAUUCUAUUUUUCUAG